GCCGCCAUCUUCGCGCGCGCGCGCCCUAGCCCCGCCCCCAACGGGGGCCCACGUGACCGCCCGCCUGCGGCCGGGGCUUUCCGUCACGUGAUGGCGGGGCGGGGCCAAGAUGGCGAUGCCCAGGGAGGGGAGGACCUCGCGGCUAGGGCAGCAGAGACUGUGAUGAAGGCGCCCGAGUGGCGGGAGACGGUGGAGGGUGACCGAGCACUAGCUCCCAGACUUCAGAGAGUGGCCUAGAGUGGAGCGUCCCACCUCGCAGCUGGAGAACGGAGAGAGAAGGUGCUGGUUGGGUGAAGCUGCGGCUCUCUGCCUGGACGGGCUUGCGCUGUCCGGAAUCCAAGGCGACCCUAGUCACCCCGGUUUGCCCGGAGUCCCAGGUCUAGAGACAUGACCCGAGAGUCCCCUGCCCCGGGGACCGGAGCUCCGCUGAGCGGGUCGGUGCUGGCAGAGGCGGCUGUGGUGUUCGCAGUGGUGCUGAGUAUCCACGCGACCGUGUUGGACCGAUAUUCGUGGUGCGCUGUGGCCCUCGCAGUGCAGGCCUUCUACGUCCAGUACAAAUGGGACCGUUUACUACAACAGGGAAACGCUGUCUUCCAGUUCCGAAUGUCCGCAAACAGUGGCCUCCUGCCCGCCUCAAUGGUCAUGCCUUUGAUCGGACUGGUCAUGAAGGAGCGCUGCCAGGCUGCAGAGCACCCAUACUUCGAGCGCUUUGGAAUUGUGGUAGCCGCCACUGGCAUGGCAGUGGCCCUCUUCUCAUCAGUGUUGGCACUGGGCAUCACUCGGCCAGUGCCCACCAACACUUGUGUCAUCUUGAGCUUGGCUGGAGGUGUCAUCAUUUAUAUCAUGAAGCACUCACUGAGCGUGGGUGAGGUGAUCGAAGUCCUGGAGGUCCUGCUGACCUUCGUCUACCUCAACAUGAUCUUGCUAUACCUGCUACCCCGCUGCUUCACCCCUGGGGAGGCACUGCUGGUGUUAAGUGGCAUCAGCUUCAUGCUCAACCAGCUCAUCAAGCGCUCUCUGACGGUAGUGGAAAGCCAGGGGGACCCAGUGGACUUCUUCCUGCUGGUGGUGGUGGUAGGGAUGGUGCUCAUGGGCAUCUUCUUCAGCAUCCUCUUUGUCUUCAUGGACUCAGGUACCUGGGCCUCCUCCAUCUUCUUCCACCUUAUGACCUGUGUGCUGGGCCUUGGCGUGGUCCUGCCCUGGCUGCAGCGGCUCAUCCACAGGAAUCCCCUGCUCUGGCUUCUUCAAUUCCUCUUCCAGACAGAAACCCGCUUCUACCUCCUAGCCUACUGGUCUCUACUGGCCACUUUUGCCUGCCUGGUAGUGCUGUACCAGAAUGCCAAGCGGUCAUCCGAGUCCAAGAAGCACCAGGCCCCCAUCAUUGUCCGGAAGUAUUUCCACUUCAUUGUGGUAGCCACCUACAUACCAGGUAUCCUCUUUGACCGGCCUCUGCUCUACGUGGCUGCCGCUGUAUGUCUGGCAGUCUUCAUUUUCCUGGAGUAUGUGCGCUACUUCCGCAUUAAGCCCCUGGGCCACACUCUGCGGAACCUCCUGUCGCUCUUCCUGGAUGAACGAGACAGCGGACCACUCAUCCUGACACACAUCUACCUGCUCCUGGGCAUGUCUCUUCCCAUUUGGCUAGUCCCGAGACCCUGCACACAGAAGGGUAGCCUGGGGGGAGUGAGGGCCCUGGUCCCCUAUGCCGGUGUCCUGGCUGUGGGUGUGGGCGACACGGUGGCCUCCAUCUUUGGCAGCACCAUGGGGGAAAUCCGCUGGCCUGGAACCAAAAAGACUUUCGAGGGGACCAUGACAUCUAUAUUUGCCCAGAUCAUUUCUGUAGCUCUCAUCUUAAUCUUUGACAGCGGAGUGGACCUAAACCACAGUUAUGCUUGGAUUUUGGGGUCCAUCAGCACGGUGUCCCUCCUAGAAGCAUACACUACGCAGAUAGACAAUCUCCUUUUGCCUCUCUAUCUACUGAUAUUGCUGAUGGCCUAGCUGCUGUGCAGCAACAAUGGAGGAAAUAGUUGAUUUAGAUUCCAAAUAAAAAUUAAAGCUCUCCUGGUUUUA